AUGGCAGGCAAACGCUUCAAGGCCCUCCUUCGGGGGACUUUCAAGAGAGAUCACGACAAACCUUCGGCGAACUCUUCGCCUGCGUCUUCAAGGUCCAGCACGCCGGUUCAGGCUGCCGCUGAUCAUGGAUCUGCGCAGUCUGUCACGACUGGGCAGGACACUCAGUCGACCACGGUUCAGCAAUGCAGUCAACUUGUGUCGAUUGACCAAGACACCCAGCCUGGCACAGCUGGUCAAGAUGCUCCGUCUCUCAGCCACGCCCCGAUGCCUGAGCCAAACGAUGCUAUGCCGUCGGUCAUUGCAUCAGAUCAUGCCCAAGACCUCGUCACCACGACACCUGUCGAUGUCACUCCAGAGGACGAAGCCGCAGCGGCCGCUCAAUCUCUGGACGACCCGAACAGCCUAUGGAAAGCAGCUUACCGACUGCUCCAAGAACGAGAACCGGACCUUGCUGCGGCCUACGCCGAUCAUCUCCUUCCUGGUUCAACCGCCGACACGCUGACGAGUUCCGAUUCCGUCGCUUCAGUUGUCGAGGGGCUACAGGCUGAAAGAGAAGCAAAACAAUGGAAGUUCGAAGUGCGGGGAAGAAGCGUCAAAGUUCGAGGGCAGAUCGAGAAGCUGGCUAAGUUUCUCGUAUGGACGGACGGCGUUGUGAAGACUGCCGUCAGCGCCCAGCCAUGCGCAGCUUUGGCUUGGUCCGCGAUUUCAAUCUUCAUACCCCUUUUGACCGUUGGGACUGAUCUCAAUGAGGCUAUGCUCGAGGGCCUCGAGUCGGUUACACGAGUCCAGGUGUUCUGGAAGAUGUACGAAACUUCAGCAUCUACCGAAACAAAUUCAAAAGACUUCGUUGAUCUUGUCACCAACCUGUAUUCCAUGAUCAUCGAGUACCAAGCCCGCGUCGUUUGUCAUCUAUCACUUCGACAGCGGUCUCGUGCCUGGGUCAAUGUCAUUGAUGGAACCGCAUGGGAAGGUAAAGCGGAAAACGUCAACAGAGUUGAUCAACAAUGCCGUAUCUACUUGGAUCAGACACAGAAGCAAAACGCCGAAGAAAAAUGGGAAACUCAAAUCUCCGAAAUACUCAAAUCACGGGAAAUACUUGAGCACAUUCAUGCAGCUCUUGUCACAACUCGUCAGCAAUACGAAGAUGAAACAGAACAGAGUAUUCUGGAACGACUGUUCGCUGAUCAUGAAGGAUACAAGAACGACUUCAACCCUACGAGAACAAAAGGCACUUGCGAAUGGUUCUUCCAAGACCCUCGAUUUCUUCGUUGGCGCGAUAGCAAUCAGUCCAGCCUGCUCUGGGUCUCAGCCGGGCCUGGGUGCGGAAAGUCUGUGCUGUCACGAGCUCUCAUCGAUGAGCACUGGCUUCCCACCACCGCUUCGACGUCCACCGUCUGCUAUUUCUUCUUCAAGGACGGUUACGAGAGACGGACAACUUGCGCCGCCGCACUCUCUGCCAUUCUGCAUCAAAUAUUCGUACAAGAUGAGUCUGGAGAGCUUAUCAAGAAAGCCAAAGCGGCCUACAAGAACGCAGGCCAACACUUCGGGACUGCUCAUCAGCCGCUUUGGGAUAUUCUGCUUGACUGUGUGGGGUCUGAGAAUAUCGGCGACGUCGUAUGCUUGAUCGAUGCCUUGGAUGAGUGUGAGACGCACGAGAGAACAAAGUUUGUUGAUCUUCUCAAGCGGUUUUACGGAGACGGGCCACGUUCCUCCAUUCUCAACUUGCGUUUCAUCGUCACUAGUCGACCUUAUGACACUAUUGAGUAUCUAUUCGAGACGCUAUCAUCAGCUGUUGACAGCCGUUCCGCUUAUGUACGAUUCGAUGGGAGCGACAAGAGUGACGACAUCAACCGGGAAAUCGACCUAGUCAUCGACGAGAAAGUUGUUGAAGUGCUACUCGAGCAUGACGCCAAUCCCAGCAUCCUCAGCGGCCCAACUGGCGAAUCAGCUCUUGAUGAGGCUGUACGCGGUGGACAUCGUGCAAUUGCCAAGUUGCUACUGAGCCACAAGAAAGGGAUUCCGGUUCGCCGUGAAACUUACGAGUCCCUAAUGAGCAGCGGGUCCAGGAAAGCCACGUUUCUGAAACUUCUGAUGAAGAACGACCCGGACAUGGAAAUCACAACAAAGAUGCUUGCAAAAGCCGUUAGCCCCAAACGAGAAGGCUUGAACCAAUCAUUUGAUAUGCUUUCCUUCCUCGUUGAGAAAGGCAAAUCGCUUCCCGUAUCUUGGAAUACCCUCGAGACGGUAAUGUCUGACCCUCAGUUGUACAACACCAACCUCGUCGUGUUACUUUUGGAUCAGCUCGAAGUCAAUGAUAUACUUCCCUCUGAGGACCUCUUCGUGUCAGCGGACACCAAUCCCGUAUGCGGACACGACAUUUUGAAGGCGCUGCUCGACAGAUUCAGGGAUUUCGAGCCAUCUGAGAGGGUCUUUGUGCAUGCAGCCGGAAAUAGCGGUGAACAUGGAGACGAGAUUCUCAAGCUGCUCUUCGAGCACUGUCCAGAAAUCAGGAUCACCGAAGCUGUGGCGAGGUCGGCAGUCUACAGUGCAAAAUUGGUAAGCGACGUGUUUAUCACCGCGGCUGAGAGACGGGAUAUUCGCACAACUCGAAGGAUUUUGGAACUGCUUUUUGAGAAAAGUCCAGCUGCUACAGUCGCAGAAUCUGUGAUGUGGUACGCCCUCGACAACUGCUCACCGACAAUAGACUUUUUUAUUGAGAAGCAGGCGGAUUUCGAGAUCUUGAAGAGGUUCAUAGGCAACAUUCUCAACACAAGACCGUAUUCGGGCCCCAACGAACAAUCUGAUGCGCUUGAAUUGAACUGUAGCGAACAGCUCUUGGCGCUUUUACUUGAGGAACACCGAGAUAGCCUUCUAGUCAGAGAGCUGAUCGCAGCGCAGCUCGCCAAAAUGGCUGUUGGGAACCGCAACCAGGAUGUGGACAAUUUCGAUAUACUCUUCGCGCACUUGUAUGGGGUACGCGGCGGUCCCAAGAUCUCCGUAGAGGCUCUGAGGGAGUGGUUCGGCCUCUUCACCGCGGCAGAAUACGUCCCGCUGACGUAUCGGGUUCUCAACUGUAUGCAGUAUUACGCCAACUCGGAACGGGACGUCGAGCACGCGCUCAGCGUCUUCUUCGAGGCACCCACAGUGAGGGUCCUCGCGACGGUUCCCGACGGAGAGGCGCGCCGAGAGAUGACGAAGGAGGAUGCUCGAGAGCUGAUCCGAGAACUACAAGAUCGAGACCCUCGCCGAGACCGCCUCGGAAGGAAGACAGACUACUUCACAGAGUCAAGAGGGUUAAGAAAGUUGGAGAUGUUUGAUCCGCGAUUGGGCUCGGCCGAGGCCCUCGAGCUUCCCAAUCUUUCUCAUAUCGGUGAACGCCAGGAGCAGAUGUCAGCUGUCCUAAAAUCCUUUCACAAUUUCCUGGCUACUCAGAGCGCUUUACAUACGUCCAGUCAAGGACAUUUCUAG